CGGCCAAGGAUCUUUGGUAACGGCCAUUUUGUGGAGGUCGUGCGGCCCGGUGCGGGAGUCAUGAUGCAGCGCGGAUUCCGGUUACUGGGGGCUGCGGUCGGUGAUCUGCGCCUUGUGACCGCGCUCCUGCGGCGGCAAUACCGCAGCGUCUACAGCCUGGACCGGCUGUACCCGGACAGCGGAGGCACAACCCGCAGCCAGGACCAGGAUGAACCAUCGUCAAAUCCAAGCAACAUAGAUAUCCCCAUUGACCGUCUGAAAGUGACGUACAGUCGGAGCAGUGGGCCUGGGGGACAGAACGUCAACAAAGUGAACACGAAAGCGGAGGUGAGGUUCCACGUGGCGACUGCAGACUGGCUCUCGAAAGACGUGCAAAAUGUGAUCACUGCUAAGUACCAGAACCGCAUCAAUCGGGCUGGCCAGUUGAUCGUUACGUCGGAGGUCAGCAGGUACCAGAUGAGAAACCUGGCGGACUGUCUGCAGAAGAUUCGGGACAUGGUGACAGCAGCGAGUGAGACGCCCAAGCAACCAUCCAAAGAGUCGGCUGAAAUCCGUCGAAUGCGGGUGGAGACCAUGCACCGGGAGCGGCUGCGGCAGAAGAAGAUCCAGUCCAGCAUCAAACAGGAUCGGCGGGUGACAAUAGACUAAAGGGAGACGUGCAACAUCAGCUCUGAACCCCAGGGUGGAACUAUGGACACUGCAUAUCAGCCCUUCCUCUACUGUUCGUAUAGGCCAGAAAUGAAGUUAUUUAAGUCUCUUGAUAGAAUAUCUUUUGUCAUUUAAUUUCUUUAUAAGACAUUUUUUAACUGAUACUGCUCUUUGAAGCCUCGACUGUAGCUUUCUUGCAUCAGUGUUAACCCUCAUCAUCUGGAAUAUAUGAAUACAUUGUUAAAGGAUGUGAUUGACCUGCUAUAGACAUUUCUUUUCUGCUCUGCCAUUGAAAGCGCUGCACUGUUUCAGCAAUGAAAAUGCAAUAUUCAUAGGUACAUGGGGAGAACAUUGUCACUCAGUGGAAUUGAGUUGCUUCAUGUGGAAGAACAAAGUUGUUAAUACUCUACAGAUUGUUAAAGCAGCACCUCAAAUGGUUAAUCCCAUUGAAAUAAUGGAAUAUUACUUUGUAAAGCAGGUUCAUCAAAUAAAAUGUUAUAAUAUAA